GACCACUUGUCUGGUUAGACAAGAACAAAAUCUAUUUGCUGGCUGAUCUUUACGUGUGAUUAAAAUUUGCACGUGCAAUGGAGGUUUUAGGGGUUAUGUCGUGUUGCAUUAUUACUUUCCUUUUUCAGGUGUUUUCAUGCACAUUUGCAGAGGAUCUCGCUUCUAAACUGGACAAAAGAGCAGUAAUGUUCAGUACAUAUGAUGAAAGCACAAGAGUUGAGCAUGUCUACAGUCAUGAGGACAGUUACAGGGAUACUGCAGUGAAUGCAGCUUCACAGUUGCAAAUACACUCUGGUCUUCUGGUUGUGGAGUUUCCAAGUCAUUUACCAGGUCAAAGGAGAAGAAAGAGAGAGUGGGUUAUUCCUCCUUAUAACAUAGCUGAGAACGCAUAUGGUAAAUUCCCCAAACAACUGUUCCCGUUAAAGGCAAAAAUAGAAGGAGUAUCUGAUUCAGAGAUACUCUACAGUAUCUCAGGUGAAGGCGCAGAUCAGCCACCUCUGAAUAUUUUUCGUGUUGACAAAAAUACUGGGUUUAUUUUUGUCACUCAAGCACUGGAUAGAGAAAAAAAGGCAUUAUACGAGCUCAGCGCUCAUGCCUUUUCAGCAGAUGGGAAAAGAUCUGCAUCACCCACAAACCUUACUUUCAUUGUAACUGACCAGAAUGAUAACCGUCCUGUGUUUACUGAAAAUCCUUUUAAUGGACAAGUUUCUGAAGCUGGGUCAAAAGGUUAUGAGUUUAUGACAGUCAAUGCCACUGAUGCAGAUGACCCAGAUACGGAAAACGGUAUAGUCCACUACAAAAUUGUCAGCCAAGAGCCACAAUUUCCAAAACCGAACAUGUUUGAUAUCAACGUUAUAUCUGGAAGGAUUUUCGUGCAAGAACCAUUCAUGGACAGAGAGAAAUGGCCUAGAUAUACUUUGCUAAUUGUGGCUGCUGACAUGAAAGGAAAUGGUAUGGAAACCACUGGCACAGCAGUUAUUACAAUUACUGACAGCAAUGAUAACCCUCCUCAGUUUGAGCAAAUUUCGCACGUCGUAUCUGUCCCAGAGAAUAAAGUAGGCUAUGUAGUGGCUACACUUCCAGUUACUGAUGAUGAUGAAGUUGGAUCACCAGCCUGGUCAACCAAGUAUCGGAUUAUUAGUGGUGACAAGGGUGGGUUUUUCAGUGUCACUACUGGACCCAGCCAGCAGGAGGGCAUCAUCACCACUGUAAAGCCCCUGGACUUUGAGAAGACCAAGCAGUAUGUUCUGUCUGUGAUCGUUGAGAACGAUGAUCCAUUUGUCGGUUCUUUGCCCACGUCCACUGCCACGGUCACAGUGAAUGUAGAGGAUGUAAAUGAACCUCCUGAGUUUAAACCAAAAGAGAAUCUUAUCUUCAAACCUGAAGAUGUAGCAGUUGGUACUGAAUUGGUUACCUAUACAGCCAUUGAUCCAGACAUUGGAAAAUCACAGAAGAUAAUGUAUAAAAUUAGUAAAGAUCCUGCUGACUGGCUAAAUGUAAAUCAAGACACUGGGGUGAUUAAAGUCAAGAAUAUUAUGGAUAGAGAAUCUGCCUCAGUCAAAGAUGGCAAAUACAGAGCUAUCAUUCUGGCCCUGGAUGAUGAUGAUAAAAAUCCAGCAACGGGUACGGGAACCUUGGUAAUUGAACUGGAGGAUGUAAAUGACAGCGAUCCAAUUAUUAAUGAAGAAAGAAUAGAUAUUUGCAAUCGUGAGGCCACAGUGCAUCUCUCUAUAACUGACAAAGAUGGAUCUCCUAAUGCUGAUCCCUUCCGCGUAGAGCCCCAAGGAGACACAAAGAAAAACUGGACUGCAGUGAUGAAUGAAACAAAAACUGGGAUUCUGCUGACGCUUAAGUCUGUGUUGGAGCAGGGUGGUUACACUGUUGUCCUAAGGGUUUAUGAUAACAGUGACCGGUAUAAAGACAACUCCAUUCAAGCAACUGUGUGUGACUGCAAAGGAGAUGAAUUUCUAUGCCAAACAAAGAUUGCCGGGGCCCCACUAUCACUAACCUUUGGAACCCUGGCCGCCGUCUUGGUUCUGCUGUUACUUCUUCUUCUACUUCUGCUGUUCAUAAGGAAGAAACAAAGGAGUAUAAAAAAGCCCCUCCUUCUUGAAGAGGAUGACAUAAGAGACAAUGUCUACUGUUAUAAUGAGGAAGGUGGUGGAGAAGACGAUCAGAACUAUGAUCUGAGAGUGUUGCAUCGAGGUCUGGAUAACAGACCUAAAGUGUUAAGAAACGAUGUGGUUCCUAUUUUCCAUACACCUCAGUAUAGAGAUCGACCAACCAACCCUGAGGAGAUUGCCACAUUCAUUGGUUAUAAUCUGAAGACUGCAGAUGAAGACCCUUCAGCACCCCCCUAUGACUCCCUCCUGGUGUUUGACUAUGAAGGAACUGGCUCGAUUGCAGGUUCACUCAGCUCACUCAACUCUUCCAGCUCGGGAAACGACCAAGACUAUGACUUCCUCAAUGAGUGGGGCCCACGCUUUAAGAAGCUGGCAGACAUGUUCGGAGGAGGAGAGAUUUAAAAGUUAUUCUGUGUUAAAUACAACAUAAUGCAUUGACAGUGUAUUUUUUUUCUUUUUUUUCAAUUGUAAAGUAUUGGAGAUUGUGCUGGAGGCUAUGUUUAAAAGCAGAACCCGUCUUCCUAUUCCCCCCAGUGUUAAAGGCAUAUUAGAAGUAAAAGAUAUGUGACAAUUGUUUCCAGCACUCUUUACUCAUGCCCAACUUCAAAGAUUUAAGACUUUGUGCUUCUUGCAUAGAAUAGUCGGGUAGUUCAUCCAUUAGAUGAACUCAAAAAGCUUUUUAGCAAUAAUAAAGGGAGCAUUAUUUGUGUGCUUUUUAGGCUUAUUAAUUCAGAAUUUGACCAAAUCAUAUCUUGCUGUCCUUACCACCAGUACAAAGAGAGAAAUAUACAUAUAUUUUUUUUUUUACCAAGACUGCCUGCCUUGUUAUGCUGAAGUGCAUCACCGCCAGUCCAAGACCAAAGGCAGUAUGUGUCAGGAGGGUGAUGGCACCAAAUAGACUGUGAAUUUUGUGUUAAUCUAUUGUAUUUCAAAUCGGAUUAGUGAAGAUCUAAGAUAUGUGAGAUCUGUUAUUCAGGGGUGGGUUUUAGGGGCCCUAAACAAAGUCAAGAACUGAGGCCCCACAUACCCUACCCUAACAUUAGCUUUGUGACUAUUUUCUUCGGAUUGCACAUAUAAAACAGAAUUAAGUGACAUUUAAAAUCGCCAAUUACCUCACUUUGAAACACUUACAAAAAAAGUUCAAAGAUACAUUAAAUAAUUAAUACAUCAUUAAAAGCAAAAUGCUUAUUUUUUUCUAAUGUGAACUAUUCAGCUAUGGACAUUGAAUGACUUUGAGGUAGUGUUAUGUUUUAACCAGCUGUUUUAUUGUACUUGAGUUGAUUGAACAUUCACAAGGCAUUAUACAUUUCAGUUAAUUGUGCUGUAUCUUUUAUUAUACGUUCUGAUUCACCGUUAUUACAUGCUAUAACUAGUAAUGAAGUUGAAAUCGAUGGCCACAAAAAGUUGUGACAAAUUUUUAGUAUUGCAUUUUUUCUUUCAUGUUUUCUUUCUUUUUAUUGAGCAGUGCUUCAACAUGUGCUCUUCUUUGUUGUUUCUUUCUGCUUUAUUCAGAGUGAUAAUAAAUUAGGUCAAAAUGAGUUAAUCAGUUGGGGCAAGCAGGCCUGCUGGGCCCAAUGCAUUUGCAUGGUAGUUAACACUGCUUCUGCAGUUAUUGCAUGCACUGUAUGUUCGCUGUCAAAGACACAGAUGUUAAGUUAUAAUGUUAUAUGUCUGUCUAGAAUUUGCAUCUUAUUUUGCUACUUUAAUACUAUCAAUUUAAUAAAAACUAACAAACUAUUUA